GAACGUAGAACCUGUUGGCAUUUCCUUUCUCGCACAUGCACGUCGAAAAUUACAUAAUCGUAACUUUGAUGAAGACGAGCGCAUUCAAGCGGAAGCUGCUGUGGAACAAGGAGAGAUAAUAGAUUUAGAAGAGGAGGAGGAAGAAACCCUCGAAUUACUGUCACAGGACCCCAAGGACUGGAAGGAACAAGACCAUUAUGCAGUUUUGGGUCUUUCCAAAUAUAGGUGGAGAGCUACAGAUGAGCAGAUCAAGCAAGCGCAUAGAAGGAAAGUUCUCAAACAUCACCCUGAUAAGAAAGCAUCUAAUGGAAAUACGAAUGAUGAUGCCUUUUUCAAAUGCAUUCAGAAAGCAAAUGAGAUUCUCUCCGAUCCCGUUAAACGACGGCAAUUUGAUUCCGUAGACCAAGCAUUUGAUGAUACACCGCCUAGUAUCAAAGCUAAGGGUGACUUCUUUGAAAUUUACGGCCCAGUAUUUGAAAGUGAAGCAAG